UGGGCGCGAGUACGCCAUGAGCUCAUUAUUGUUGCUGGGAAUGGCGUUGAACUUUGUGGAUUUUUACCCUUGUUUUAGUUGAACUUCACACCAUAAUUUUACGUUUUUAAAUUUUUAGUCAAAGUAACAAUGGCUGAAGUCUUCCCUUUAGAUAUAAAUGAUCAGAUAGACGAGGAAGAUUUGAGCGAAGAUGAAUUUGAAGAGGGGCAAGUAGGCGAUGAGCUGAUGGAAAAUGAUGAAAGUAUGCAUGAAGUGGAAACCUUGGCUAUUUCUGAAGAGACUGUUAAUCCUAAAGAUGAGAAAGUAGGCCCCGAAAGCUUUGAACUUCUCAAAGUUUUGGGAAAAGGAGGUUACGGUAAGGUUUUUCAAGUCAGAAAAGUAGAUGGAAGGAACAAGGGGAAAAUAUUCGCGAUGAAGGUGUUGAAAAAGGCUGCCAUCAUUAGAAGCCACAAAGAUACUGCCCAUACCAAAGCAGAAAGAAAUAUUUUAGAAGCUGUUAAGCAUCCUUUCAUUGUGGAUUUGAUAUAUGCUUUUCAGACCGGAGGAAAACUGUAUCUUAUUUUGGAUUACCUCAGUGGUGGCGAAUUGUUUAUGCACUUGGAAAGAGAAGGAAUUUUCAUGGAAGACACGGCAUGUUUUUACUUGGCUGAAAUAGUGCUGGCCCUAGAACACCUUCAUAAGCAAGGAAUAAUAUACAGAGAUCUUAAGCCUGAAAACAUAUUGUUAGAUACAAGAGGCCAUGUGGUGUUGACUGAUUUUGGUUUGUGCAAAGAGGCAAUAUUUGAAAACAGCUUAACUCACACUUUCUGUGGAACUAUUGAAUACAUGGCACCUGAGAUACUUACACGCAGUGGCCAUGGCAAAGCAGUGGAUUGGUGGAGUCUUGGUGCUCUCAUGUAUGAUAUGCUGACAGGAAGUCCUCCCUUUUGCGGAGAGAAUAGAAAGAAAACAAUUGACAAAAUCUUAAAAGGGAAGCUGGUUCUUCCUCCUUUUCUCAGUUCAGAAGCCAAAGAUUUUGUAAGAAAAUUGUUAAAACGUCAUCAUCAAGCUCGCCUGGGUGGUGGUAAAGAUGAUGCAUCACCAAUUAAGACCCACUGUUUCUUCCGUACCAUCAAUUGGGAUGAUCUCUACUCCAGAAAAGUAGAGCCCCCAUUUAAACCAAAUAUAACAGGUGAAGAUGAUGUCAGUCAGUUUGAUAGUAAAUUCACAAGGCAAACACCUGUUGAUUCACCAGUAGAUUCAAUGUUGAGUGAGAGUGCAGAUAGAAUAUUUCAGGGUUUCACUUAUGUGGCUCCUUCAGUUAUGGAUUCAUUGCAUAGAGAAAUACCAAUGUCACCAUGGAGAUAUACAAGAUCCCCAAGAAGAAGUAACCAACCAAUGAGUCCCACCAAGGUUAAGGGAAAUGGUUCCAGUCAGUUUGGAUUUGAACAAUCCUGGCAACCAAACAGAACAGACACUUCACUAGCCAAGUCUGCGGCAAUGAAGAAUCUUGAUUUUAGAUCUUCAAACUCUGCUGUUGCAAUGGAUACUUCCCAUGGAAAUGAUAAGCUUGUUAAUGGCACUGAUAGUCUGUUACAGUGUGGCAACUCCUUCACUCACACAGUAACUAACUCUCCUCUUCAAAUGACGUAACCCUCAGUUUAUUGUGGAAUCUGUCAUCUAUUCCUCUUUAAUCUUUCUUGUCUUUGUGGAGAAUUUUUACCAAAAGGCAAAAAUGUGUUGCUAACUUUGUGACAAAAAUUUACCUCCAAAAAGUUAUUUUGUCUCAUUCUACAGUUUAGAUCUAGGAAGUGAUAUCUUAAAAGAAGUGACUGAAAGUUACUUCUGUAGUUCCAAUAAUUUUGUUUUUUGUCUUCCUUCUCAAAUUCAAAAGAGUGGUCCUUUAUGGGGGGCUUCAAAAAUUUAUGGAUGGAUUUAAAGCAGUCAGGGUGUUGUAACAGAGGCUUGUCCACUUGUAAUCCUACAAUAUGCAUUUAGAUAUCAAUAAGAAGUUUCUCUGUAGUACAUAAUUUCAGGUGCUAGUUUAGUUAAAAGAUUGUAAAGUAGAUGUAGUAAUGCUGAAAAAUGUUGAUCAAGCGAUAAUAAAUAGCUCUAGAUUAUUUAAAUUUAAGCAUAUGAGUGACAUUUAAAGAUAAAAUUUUAUUGCUCUUGAUUUAAUUGCUAUGCUGAUUCUGUUAAAAGAAAUUUUUCCCUUUUUCAAAUAGGCAUCUGGGUUAACUCUAAACAGCUAAUUCAAAAUUUGUAUGAUGUCUCCAGUAGAAAAGAGAAUAUAUUUUUACAAUGGUAUAAAUUGCAACAGUAACCAUAUAGAUUUUAAGAUGUUUUAGUUUUCGAGAAGUUUGCAUGGUUAAAAUUCUUAUUUAUUGCCAAGACUUCAUGGUAUUGGAGUGGCACAUUUCCAAAGCAUUGUGCCAUAGUUUUCAAGAAAUGUACUUUCAAAGUAUGUUGACAUGUCAAGAGGACAGAUUAUUAUGUUCAUUUGUUUGCUACUGACAAUAAUAGGCGAUGGAUUUCUAAAUAUAUGAAUAUCAUAUCCUUUUGAUGAAAUAAUGUAGAAAACAUUUUGAUUGGGACAAUUUUGCGCAGUGGUAAAUCUAGCUGCUAAGACCAUUUGCAGGUGGGGGUACUGACAUAGCAAAACUAAUAUUUAAACGUAAUUGAAAUAAUUAUAGUAAUAACUAUUAAUAUUUAUUAUUGCUAGUAUGCACAGGGUUUUUUUUUUAAGCCAAAAUCAGUCAAUGCUCUGCAUUCAGUCAUGUUGACAGCUCUUUAUAGGAAAUGAGUGAAAGGUGCAAUUUUCAGUUGAAACUCAAAAAAAGUUUCACUUCAUUUUGCUCUCUAUCACAUUGCCCAAAAUGGUAGAAACCUUGACACACAUCAGAUCACUUGUUAGUAAAGCAUUUUUGCAGUGAUGCUGCAUUGGUUAAAGAGAAUUGUUUUGUCUAUUCAACUGUUUUUAGUUUCUCUCCUCUGAUUAAAUCAUACAAUGGAUUUUCAAAAUUUUUAAGUGAAGAGGAAAGUUCUGAGAUAUGUCAAAAAUGAGAUAUAGGUGUGUUUUACUCACUUUAUGCAAAACUAUUAGUUCAUCACUGACAUAUUAUAAUUGUGGUAGGAUCAGACUUAAACUUCGGAAUCAAAUUAUGGAUAGAAAUUCUGUAAUUUGAUUUGGCGUGUAGUUUAUGAAUGAUAUAUUUUCUCACGUAGUUAGGUAAAUGUAGUUGGAAAAAAAAGUUGAGAGAACCCAAACAAUGAUUACCAGCUAUUUUAAGAUUUUUGUUGCAUGAAGGUCUUAAGUUUAAAAAAUUUAAUGUGUUUUGAAAGAAAAAUAUUAAAUACUGCCUGCUGGACAGACACAGCUUUCAAAUUUGCAUAUUUUCUCACCUUGCUUGCAAAGAAAAAUUAUUAUUGGCAGAUAUGGUGUCCAUAUUUCAGAUAAAUUAAACAUGGGUGAUCCACCCUUUUGCACUAGAAUUUUUUUUACCUGCGUACAAAUGUGACUUAAUUAUUGUCACUGCAACCUACAUUUUCUAUUUAUUGACUUUCAUUUUUUAAAGAAAAAUGGCAGAUCUCCAGUUUAUGCUGUAAAAGGAGCUUUAAAUCGUGAGUGCAAAAAAUCUAAUUUAAGGUACAAAAGGUUCCUUGAACUUUCCAGCAGCCAGUUUACUCAGUUGUGUAAUAUUCAAUGGAGUGCAUGUGUCAUAUUUAUCUUAACUCAGUAGGUUCUAUUUAUUAAUAAGCUCAACCAGAACGCACACUAGCAGGGGAUCAUGGGAAUUAAUUAUCAGUUUUCUAAAAUUGCCAGGGUAUCUCACUUCUUUUACCAUGAUUCCAUGGUUUGUGUUUAAAUACAGACAGGGAAGAAUUGUGCUUUUAGGCAUGGUUAAUCCUUUCUAAAAAUAUAUUAGAAAGAAUAUGACUGUUAGAUGCUUCUUACAAACUUUUGCUGUAAUAAAAUUGGCUUGAUGUGCUAAAUGGAUAUA